AUGAACGCCGUCGUCUUCGACGGCCCUGGCAAAGUAUCCCUGCAGCAGAUACCGGUGCCGAAAAUCCAGGAUGAUCGCGACAUAAUCGUCAAGGUCCAGAGCACUGCUCUAUGCGGCUCAGAGCUCCAUGUCUUCCGUGGCCACCAACCCUCGCCAACCGGCUUCACCAUGGGCCACGAGUUUACAGGAAUCGUGGCCGAGGUCGGUAAGGGGGUGAGCUCGGUCAAAGUCGGGGACAAAGUUGUGUCGCCCUUCACUGUAUCCUGUGGCGAGUGCUUCUAUUGCAAAGUGGGCGCUACAAGUCGCUGUAAGCACAGCUUGUUGCUUGGCUCGCAGUUGCUGGAUGGCGCUCAGGCGGAAUACGUUCGCGUCCCAUUUGCGGAUGGCACUGUAUUCAAGGCACCACCGGAGAUCAGCGACAACGCCCUGAUCCUCAUGGCCGACAUCUUUCCCACUGGGUUCUUCGGUGCCAAUAAUGCGUUUGCUGCUCUUGGGGCCCAGGACCCCUCCGAGGCCACGGUGGUGGUUGUGGGCUGUGGACCGGUGGGACUCUGUGCCAUCGUCGCCGCGCUGGAGUACAAGCCAAAGCACCUGUUUGCCAUUGACAGCGUAGAUAGCCGCCUCGAGCUGGCCAAGAGCCUAGGCGCUGAGCCGCUCAACUUCAUGAAGGAUAAGGAGGGCAUGUUCGCCAGAGUCAAGGAAGUGACAGAUGGGCGGGGGGCGGAUAUUGCCAUCGAGGUUGUUGGGCUCAGCCCAGCGUUGAGGACAGCCUUUGACCUCCUGAGACCGUUUGGAUUCAUCAGCAGCAUCGGCGUGCACAAUGCAGAGAUUCCUUGGGACGGCAAUGAGGCGUACGGGAAGAACGUCCGAGUCCAAAUGGGUCGCUGCCCGGUUCGUGCCGUGUUCCCCGAAGCACUCAAGGUCCUUGCAAAGAAGCAAGAUGUCUUUGGGUUCAUGUUUGACAAGAUCAUGCCGCUGAACGAUGCGGUGGAAGGAUACGAGCUUUUCAACAACAUGAAAGUGCAAAAGGUGAUCUUCAAGCCGUAA